AAAGAAAAGGAUAAACCUCUGGGCCUCGUCUUCCCUCCCGUUAAACCACUCGCACAACGUGAAAAUGUCGUCGUUGGAUAUAUGCGCCUCGGUUCAUUUCUGUAAGAACUGUUCGUCACUCUCUCCUGAUUUGAAAUCUUUUCCUUCUCCGGCCGCCUUCUCUCUCUCCACCCACCGCCACCGCCAGCUUCAACUUCGGAGUCAAUUUCUCGCUCCCUUGUCCGCCGCCCAUUUCUCCUCCGAAGCAGUAAAAGAUGAAUUUCUCGCGGCGGAGAUGGCUGAAGACAGUGGACUCGACGAAGAAGAAUUUUCGUCCGACGGCGGCGACGACGAGGAGGAGGAGGCGGCGGAGAGUUUUGACGUCCAAGAAUUUGAGCGCGAGGCCAAGGAGGCCGUCAAGGAAUUCUCCGAUUCCCUGGCGCGUGAACUCAAAAUCGAAGACGAAGUUCCCAAUCAAAAGAGAACUCGGGGAAGGCAGCAGCCGCGCAUAACUACUGUUAGCAAUAUACCCGAUCAUCUUCUUCCAAGAGUUGCAAUAGUCGGGAGGCCGAACGUCGGUAAAUCCGCACUGUUCAAUCGUCUUGUUGGGGGGAACAAAGCGAUUGUGGUGGACGAACCCGGUGUGACGAGGGACCGUUUGUACGGCAGAGGAUUUUGGGGGGAGUACGAGUUUAUGGUAGUGGAUACCGGUGGCGUGCUCACGGUUUCAAAGUCGAAGGAAGAUGUAGUGGAAGAACUAGCUGUAUCUACAACCAUCGGGAUGGAGGGUAUUCCUCUUGCUUCGAGGGAGGCCGCUAUUGCAAAGAUGCCUUCCAUGAUCGAGAGACAAGCUACCGUCGCUGUCGAAGAAGCUUCUGCCAUCAUAUUCCUCGUUGACGGUCAGGCAGGUCUAACUUCGGCGGAUGUUGAAAUAGCGGAUUGGUUACGUAAGAACUAUUCGCACAAAUAUGUUGUUCUUGCUGUCAACAAAUGUGAAUCUCCUCGUAAAGGAAUCAUGCAAGCUUCCGAGUUCUGGGCUUUUGGUUUUUCACCGCUUCCAAUAUCUGCUAUAUCGGGGAGUGGAACAGGGGAGCUUCUUGAUUCCGUCUGUUCACACUUGGAAAAAAUCGAGGAAACAGAAAACCACAAGGCAGGAGAAUAUAUCCCGUCUAUUGCAAUCGUGGGCCGUCCAAAUGUCGGUAAAAGCAGUAUUUUAAAUGCUUUGGUCGGUGAAGAUAGGACUAUUGUUAGUCCAGUCAGCGGAACCACUCGUGAUGCCAUAGAUACUGAAUUCACCGGGCCCGAUGGACAGAAAUUUCGUCUAAUAGAUACAGCUGGCAUCAGGAAGAGAGCGGCUGUAGCUUCCUCAGGUAACACCACCGAGGGUCUUUCCGUCAAUCGAGCAUUCCGUGCUAUUCGUCGUUCCGAUGUUGUGGCACUUGUUAUCGAGGCUAUGGCCUGCAUCACUGAGCAGGAUUUUAAAAUCGCCGAGCGAAUUGAGGAAGAAGGAAAGGGUUGCCUAAUAGUUGUUAACAAAUGGGACACGAUACCGAAUAAAAAUCAGCAAACUGCUACACACUACGAGGAAGAUGUGAGGGCGAAGCUCCGAAUUCUUAGCUGGGCGCCCAUUGUGUACUCAACUGCAAUUGAAGGGAAUAGUGUCGAGAGGAUAACUGUGGCGGCUACUCUGGUUGAAAAAGAGAGGUCGAAGAGAUUAUCGACAGCGACAUUGAAUCAAGUGAUACGAGAAGCUGUUGCAUUCAAGUCGCCUGCGAAAACGAGAGGCGGAAAGAGAGGGCGUCUUUAUUAUUGUACUCAGGCAGCUAUUAGGCCGCCUACAUUUGUGUUCUUUGUAAAUGAUGCGAAGCUUUUCUCCGAAACAUACCGAAGAUAUAUGGAGAAGCAACUGAGAACGAGCGUAGGCUACACAGGCACACCCAUUCGGCUUCUAUGGCGUAGCAGAAGAAAAUCCGACAAAGACGACGGCAAGGAUGCUUUUUUGGCGAAACAAACGAGUUCAUCACAAGUUGACAAAAAGUUGGCUGUAGCAACAUAAUUACGUAAGCCUACAUUUUGCUUAUGUUAAAGCGCUAUAUAUAUCGAGGCUAUUCACACGAGGGGGCUAUGGUUUAGACGAAGUAACGAAAGUAUAGCACUGUCAAAUACGAGGCGAUAUUUGGAUAAGUGGUCAUGGAUAAUAUAUAUGCAAACUUUGAACAAGGAUUGUUGAAGAUAGAAGAUGGAUUAUAUAUGAUACAAGUGUCUCUAAAAGACUGAUGUUUGUGUCAUUACAAAUGUAAAUUGUAAUCUUAUUUGUCAUCAACUUUUGAUGGGUAUUUUUAGUUUUAAGGAAAAACUCUUCCAACUAGGGUAUAUUACACCUGCCUCCUUGAGGUUAGGUUAAAUUACACCUAGACCCCUCAGGUUUGGAAAAUUAUAUAUUUUGCCCUUGAGGUUUGGUUCUAGUCAACCUUUUAUCCCCAUCUAGAGCCAUUGACUAACAGAAAAAUGAUGAAUGUCAACGAUUUUUUUGAAUUUUAAAUCGAAAGUAAGUUUUUUUUUGUUUUU